AUGGCUUCAGCAUCCCCAGUGAAUAUAAUGAUCCCAGUUGGGAAAUUUUCUUCUCGUAAACACUAUUUUUUCAUCUCUUCCAUCUUUUAUUUGAAUAUUUAUUCUUCAUUCAUUUUUAUUCUUUCUUUCUCUCUUUUCUUCUCAUACAUAUUUUCAUCUCUCUCCACUUUUAUUUGGCCAUUUAUUUUAUCCUUCAUCUUUCUUCUUCCUCAUUCUCUCUUCCCUUCACAUAUAUACUCUUCUUCACCUCUUCCCUCUCUUAUUUUCACAUUUCUUCAAUCUUAUUCUUUCUUUUUUCAUUCACUCUUCUCUUCUCACAUAUACACUUCUUCAUUUCUUUCCUAUUUUAUUUGGACAUAUAUGCUCUUUUUGUUAUUUUCUUUCAAAUCUCUAUUUUUCUUACAGUUUAUGUCAACUGAAUUAUCUGCUUUAUUUCUUUUUUUUUCCCUUCUUUCUUUCUUUUUUAUUGUCACCUCUACUUUCCUCCUCUCACUUUCAUCUGUUCUUAUCUUUCUUACAAUCCUUCCAUCUCUCCUCUCCUUCUUUUCCUCCCCUUCAUUCUUCUCAACCUUCUCUCCAUACUUCCAUUAUUUGCAUCCACCUACCACUGCCACCACUGAAAAUUCAGUACCUCAGCUGUUCAUAUCUAUCUAUCUAUCUAUCUAUCUAAUCCCAGUCUAUUCGUAUCUAUCUACCUAUCUAUCUAAUCCCAAGUCUAUACAUAUCUAUUUAUCUAAUCCCAGUCUAUUCAUAUCUAUCUAUCUAAUCCCAGUCUAUUCAUAUCUAUCUAUCUAUCUAUCUAUCUAUCCAAAGUCUAUUAAUAUCUAUCCCAAGUCUAUUCAUAUCUAUCUAAUCUUCUAUUCAUAUCUAUCUAUAUAUCUCUUUCACUGGCGCUCUAAAUAUCUAUCUAUCUAUCUAUCUAUCUAUCUAUCUAUCCCAAGUCUAUUCAUAUCUAUCUAUCCUAUCCCAAGUCUAUUCAUAUCUAUCCUAAGUCUAUUCAUAUCUACUAUCCUAUCUUAUCCCAAGUCUAUUCAUAUCUAUCUAUCUAUCUAUCUAUCUAUCUAUCUAUCUAUCUAA